AUGCCUGCCUCAGCUAGUCGAGCCAAGUCAAAGAAGUGUCAGAAAGCAUACUUGAGGCAGUUGGAAGAGCAAAUAGCAAGUACUGGAAGUUCUAUACGUCGAUCUGAAGCCGCAGCUAGCCCUUCGGGUGGGGCUAGAAAUGGGGUUGACCUGUCGACUCCGAAUCAGACUUUGUUAUUAGAGGAUCAUCCAUGGGCCAAUAUCAGCUAUGGUAUCAACCCGAGCCUCUCCUCGACGGAGGCUUUGCCUCAACAAAGGAAUGUCGAAAGUGACCCCGACAUGGAACAAGAUGACAAUCGUUCACGGUUUUCUCGUAAUCCUCUUGUGGAUAAAAAUCCACAAUUCGCUCAAACCCCAGAUGGCCGGUUCUGGUAUAUGGGCCCCACUUCUUCAUGGUCGUUCUGCCGCCGUGUCCUAGCCCUUAUUGGGAGGCGAGUUCCAGAAUCAAAUUGUCCUCCUGAUCCAUGGCAUCUAGAUGGGAUGGCAUUCAAGCUUCAAUGGCGCCCUGCAGCUGAUGAUGAGGUUCCCGAUGUAUCAAACCUACCUCCAUUGGAUUACGCGCUGUUCCUUUUCAAUACCGUCAAAUUCUAUUUUGGAUUCCUUUCGUUUAUAAUCGAUGAAAAAUCUUAUCUUCGAGAUUUGCACGAAUUUUAUAAGAAUCCAACUGCGAAGGCUGUGGAGUCAAGGUACUGGUAUGCGCAAUAUCUUCUUGUUCUUGCGUUUGGGAAAGCUUUUCUCACACCCAAGAGUGCGUCUGGGCCACCCCCUGGACAUCAAUAUGCCGCAAGGGCCAUGGCACUUCUUCCAGAUUUAUCUGUAUAUCUUCAGUCCAUCGACAUGCGGCGGGCGGCAUUUCAACACAUCGGUCAUGCGCUACGUGGAUGUAUUAUCGAAGGAAUACAUAGACAUGUUCCGGAAGAGUUUGGUGGGCCUGAGCUUUCUAGAAGAUGCAGAACCAUCUUUUGGGUGGUGUAUAUGCUCGACCGGGAGUUCGCAGCACUGAUAGGAGCACCGAGCUCCAUUCGAGACGAGGAUAUCACCGUUCUCCUCCCUGCAGAGGUCGAAAGCUCAUUGGAGGAUAUCAAUCUAACGUUGCACGUGCGACUUUCGAGAUUGAUAGCCCAAAUUUUGACAACUGUAUACAAUCCCGGCGAUGAGCUGAAUGGAUCCCUUAUUCGAAAUACACAAUCGAUCCUCCACAGCAUGGCAGAGCUUUCACACGACCUAACUGCAUUCUUGAAUACAUAUUUUCAUGGUCUCAUCAGCCGAGCAUCAAAGAUGGCCAUUCGGCUCAUGUUGGCUCAUCACCACUGCAUUGUCCUUACAACAAGGCCAUUGGUUAUGUGUGCUUUGCAUAUGCACAUCGAACGCACCGAUAUGCAGACUUCCCAGACAAUUUCUCUCGCCCCACCAGUAUCUUCGCUUCUCCAAUGCUGUGCAAAUUCCGCCCAAACUAUCCUCCAGACCCUUCAAAUCCUAGCUGACGAUGACCUGAUGGAUGCGUUUCUACCAUUUCAAAUCGAAGAUGCUUCUUCAUCUGCCUUCGUUCUCUACCUGAUCCGUGCCAUUGCCCCCUCACUUAUCCCAAACAGCACAUGGUGCGAUAACCUGGAAUGCGUGAUGGAUAAACUCAUUGCAAAGGGCAAUCUAGCGGCACCAUUACGACGACGAGAACUUCGCCAGUUGGAGCAAGUCCUAGCACCCUUGACUCCCAAACCUCAAAAUAGCCCACUGCCGCCCGUCCACUUCAAUCCUGGCACGGAAGAGCAAGAAGAGACGUAUACGAUGGAUCAGGUAGAUGUUGGCGAUGAGUUUGAGUGGGACUUGCUAGGCAUCAAUCCGUCUGUGAGCCUUCCGCCAGCAGAGCUUCUGGAUCUUGCGGAUCAACUGGAUAUGGAGAGCAUCAUGCGAUCGGUUGGAGCAUCAUUCGGCCGCACUCAUGGCCAUGUUACUUCAAAACCCUGGAUCCCAUCCAUUCGCAUGAACUCAUCUGCGACUGCGGCAGCAAAGAAAGAAUACAAAAUCAUCCAAGACGUCGGCAACUUCGACGAAGUCGAAUCCAACCGUCCAGGCUUCGACCACGAAGCCCCCAUCCAGGUCACAAAAUCACCGUAUCCAAAAUGGAAAUACGGCGACGGGGUCCCAGACAACGGCGCAAGCCUUGUCCAAAAGCACCAUGAAAUCGACCCCUACUCACCAACCAGACCAAUGAUCAACAACUACCGUCUGCUGGUGUCCGGGAUCGCGCCCCGACCCGUCGGCUUCAUCAGCACCGUGAACAGCAAAGGGCAAAAGAAUCUUUCGCCCUUCAGCUACUUCCAGGUUAUUGACCAUGACCCGCCGAUGUUUAUCGUGGGGUUCUCGUCCCGGCCUGGACGCGCUAAGGAUACGUAUACGAACCUGAAAGAGACGGGGGAGUGUGUGAUUAAUACGGUCUCGGAGAAUAUGAUCGAGGCGGUGAAUGCCAGCUCCAUUGAUGCGCCUUAUGGGGUUUCGGAGUGGGAUGUCACGGGCUUGCAUGAGGCGGCUUCUACGACUGUUAAGCCUGCUCGGGUUGCGGAGUCGGUGUUUUGUGUUGAGGGGAAGGUGGUUGAUAUUAAGGAGUUUGCUGAUCAUCAGAAACCGGGGAUGAGUAUUGCUGCUACGGUUUUGAUUAAAGCUACCAGGUUUUGGGUUAAGGAGGGAACGGCCGAUGUGGAUUAUAGCCAUAUUGAUUUGGAUAAGUUGCGGCCUGUUGCGCAGCUUGGUGGGGUUUCUUAUGGUCGGGUUUCUUCUACCUUUGAGAGGCCGCGUAGCAAGUGGGAUGGUGAGGUUCCCAAGAGCGAGUUGUUGACGCAGUUGGAUGCGAAUAAACCUGAUGUCUAG